CUGCUGCCGCUGCUGCUCAAGAACCUCUGGGUGCUGUGCAACAGCCGAGAGGAGAGACAGGCCUCCGAGUUAACUUGGUAAUUUGCAUGAGAUGGCUGCGUCGCCUUGGCCGCAAGAAAGCUCGUUUGCUUGCCAGGUCAUCUGGCGUCAUUAGCGAUAUCUCAUCAGUGGGCCAAAGGUCACCGGAGCAAUGCAUCUCGUCUGGACGGUGCUGUGCUUACAAGUAUGCGCGGUCCUUGGCUUGGUGCUCGGCGCGGACGAGGUUCAGCUUGAUCCAAGCAUGCCGAACGUGUGCGCCUACCGAAAAUCGGAGACGGUGCGCGUUUCGAAACCGAGCCGGCGAGCUCGCACGCAGAUGGUGAAGAUACGAAUCGCCAACUGCUCCCACGCACAAGCCGAGUGCUUCGAGUACCAACCGAGGACAGUUCACUAUGUGGCGUACGAAGACAGGCUGGAGCGUCGGUACACCACUGCUUACCGAUGUUGCGAGGGCUGGACGAGGCGCAUAGGCGAAAGAGGAUGCCUGCAUCGAUCGCUGGCUUACGCGGACGCCGCGCAAUGCCUCAACGGCGGCCGUAGUCGCCGGCACAGCCGGCAGUUCGGCGAGCCGCACUGCAUCUGUCCGCCCGGCUACCAGGGUCCUCGGUGCGAGUCCGACGUAGACGAGUGCCUGGCCGAGAACCGCUGCACCCACGACUGCGUCAACACGUUCGGCUCGUACCGCUGCUCCUGCCAUCCGGGCUACCAACUCGCCGGUGACGGGGCUUCCUGUUUCCGCAUCGAUGUGCAGGAAAUACACGAGUGUGGCAUUGACAACGCCGGCUGUGAGCACAACUGCCGCGUCACUCGGUCCGGGCCCGAGUGUUCCUGCCGCGACGGCUACAGACUUCUUUCUGACAAGAAGUCUUGCGAAGACAUCGACGAAUGUCUAGAACAGCCGGACCGUUGUGAGCAUCGCUGCCAAAACUUGGACGGCUCCUUCCGAUGCACGUGUCCAUCUGGCCUGCAGCUAGCCGAAGACGGCAGAACGUGCAAACUCACUCAAUGUUCGGAAGGACUAUUCGGCGAGAAAUGCGACCAUCCAUGUCGAGCCUGCAAACACGGCACGUGUGAUUCCGCCGCCAAAAUAUGUCGCUGCCAGCCAGGAUACGUCGGAGAAUUUUGCGACGCGAAGUGUCCCCAGGGUACGUUCGGUGCUGACUGCAAAGAGAAGUGCCUCUGCAACGUCUCCGCCGUGUGCAAUCACAAGACAGGUCGCUGCACCUGCAGACCGGACGCGAACGGGAAGCAUCGUUGUAACGACGUGUGCCCUUUCGGACGUUUCGGUGACAGGUGUGAUCGCCUGUGUCCCGACGAUUGCCCGAGCGGCCGCUGUCACCGACGUUUCGGCUAUUGCGAGUGUCCUCCCGCCAGCCACGGCCGAUUCUGCAACCUCCCGUGCGCGCCCUUCACGCAUGGACCAAGCUGUUCCAGGAUGUGCAAGUGCGACCGCGCAAACACCCUUCGGUGCGACCCCGUGAGUGGGGAGUGCGUGUGCCGAGAGGGCUUCACGGGCGGCAAGUGUAAGCACCGCUGCCCGAAGGGAACGUGGGGCGCCCUCUGUGCCCACAAAUGCAACUGCUCCAGCUGCGAUCCCAUCACUGGGGGGUGCAACCCGGCUGCUGCCGACUGCGAGCAAUCCGGAGACUGCAGCCAAGUUUCCUGCCGGGGCGAAAGCUGUGCAAAACCACUGCGAUGCGACUGCAGAAAUGGAGGCACCUGCAACAAGAAAACUGGGAAAUGCCGCUGUGCCCGAGGGUACAGAGGAGAAUUCUGUGAACACACUUGUGUUCCAGGCACUUUUGGUGCCAACUGUUCCAAGAAGUGUCGCUGCGCCAACAACGCUGAGUGCGACCGAGUCACGGGCCAGUGCCUCUGCACGUCCGGUUGGCACGGACCUCACUGCACCAUGCCCUGUCCCGAGGGCCAGUACGGACGCAACUGCAGCCGGCGCUGCGAGUGCGAGCCGAACGCGGUGUGCGACCCCAUGAGUGGAUCCUGCACCUGCGGGCCCGGAUGGGUGGGCAGCUUCUGCGAGCGCCGAUGCCCCGACGGCUUCCACGGGCCCGAAUGCAAGCUGCGAUGCCGGUGUCCCAAUGGACGGGGCUGUCACCACGUCACUGGGCAGUGCGGGUGCACUGAUGCAUCUGGCGCCGACUGUCCGGUCGCGUCCUUACAGGAGCUGUUUGCGGAAACACGUCCUCCGACUGAGACCAAGUUGGAAGCAUUGAUUGCAGUCCCCAUCGCUGCCAAGCCCCACUGUCGUUGCCAGCACGGAGCCACCUGUUCUCAAGUCGACGGCACAUGUCACUGCAGGCCGGGUUUCCAAGGUCGUCACUGCGAAUCGGUCUGCCCGGGAGGUUUCUUCGGGGAAGGCUGCGCCAACAGGUGCAACUGCAGGCCAUGGGAGCCCUGCGACCACGUGACCGGAGCCUGCCGCUGUCAUCCCGGUAAAGAAGGGCCUAGCUGCGAGCAAAAGUGCAAGGACGGCUGGUACGGUCACGGAUGUUCGCAGCGCUGCAGUUGUCCCGCCGGUAUCGGCUGUCACCACGAGAGUGGAGACUGCCUGUGUCGUCCCGGCUUCAAAGGAAAACAGUGCAAUGAAGCUUGUCCGAUCGGCUCAUACGGAUUAGGGUGCAAACGAAAAUGUCUCUGUGAACACGGACAUUGCGACCGCGCGUCUGGAAAAUGUGACUGCUUCCCCGGCUACACCGGGAGCAUCUGCGACCAAGCGUGUCCUGACGGUAACUUCGGGAAAUACUGCAACAGAUCCUGUAACUGCCAGAAUGGCGGUGUUUGCGACUCCACCGAUGGAAGUUGUCGCUGUCCCCCGGGCGUCACCGGAAAGCGUUGCGAAAAAGACUGCCCACCUGGUAGGCACGGUCCCGGGUGCUCCUUGAACUGCUCCUGCUCUCACGGUCACUGUGAUUCGAAGACGGGCGCAUGUCUGUGCUCGCCUGGCUUUCAAGGAACAAGGUGCGACAAGGUGUGUUCUCCGGGUAACUACGGCCCAGGCUGCUCCCUCAAGUGCGAGUGCCGAAACGAUACGUCUUGCGACUCUGUAACCGGGGCCUGCAGCUGCAAACCGGGCUUCACGGGACCAAUAUGCUCGACAGAAUGCCCGAAGGGCACAUUCGGCGAGUACUGUGCAAUGAGCUGUCACUGCCAAAAUGGCGAACGCUGUGAUCCAAGAACAGGACUCUGCAGCUGCGCUGAUGGCUUUAUGGGAGAAUCCUGCGAGCAAGCGUGCGACGAAGGCUGGUACGGCAAGCACUGCGCGCUUCGGUGCUCGUGCGGUGGCCACGGCUGCGACGGCGUCACGGGGAAAUGCCGAUGUCCCCCUGGCCGUGUUGGUAGUCACUGCGAGAAAGUUUGCUCCGACAAGUUUUACGGCCCAGGCUGCGGUCUGCUGUGCAAAUGUCCUCGAGGCUCGAAAUGCAAUCCCAUGAAUGGUCAAUGCAGUUGUCCUUUCGGACUGUCCGGCCCACUGUGCACGGACAAUGAAAAAGAAGAUGGCUUGCCUGAAGGAUCAGCGCUCAGCUAGGCGUGAGCAGAUGGAAAGCUCUUCGUCUGCCACAGCGGUGAGCUCCGAUGCACAUGACAGGAGCCUGACGACGCCUGCGCAUCCCCCGGACAGGAGAUAUCCUGGAUCUUGGACAAUCCUGCCACUCGCCCUCAGGAAAUUAGACACACACCGAGCGCAGAGUCCGUGCUCGCUGCGUCUUUCUAUAGCUCGCUUUGUUGAGCACAGUAUUAUUUGAGGUACUUUGCAAGCUUUGUACGUGCAGUUUGUGAUGAGAACCAAGCCGGAGGCCGACAAGCACAUUGCGCCGAGGCAUUCCGACAGUAUGUGUGUGCUGCAUUGGCCGUUUGAGCUACUUUUGCUUGAAUCUACCAAGCUGCUUAUGAGGACCUCAGCCUGCUGAGGGAGAAUCGGACUUUCGGUGAGGUUGCAAAUCAAAGACACCGCUCUAGUCAUGACGUUAAGAAGUAGCGGGAAAUUUUCGUAUUUGGAUCCCCACAGAACUUUGGCGAAUAGUACAACCUUUAUGAAAACGUCAAACCACGUUUUUUCUGUGUUCCCACCAGAGCUGAGGGAGUCGAAAAGCUCCCUGCCAGCCUUGUACAUCAGCACGCGCAAGAGGACGCAAGCUGCGUAAACGUGGCUCGCCGUGUUGCGCUGGCACAAGUCCGGAAACUUCUUGUAAUUGGUGACUAGUUGUAGGGCGUGGAGCAGAAUGUUCGUGUGAUCCGCGAGGCACUCGAAGACGACAGCGCGACUCUCGGCGCCGUGUAGCCAGCUGCCGAGCCACGCCGCCUGGGUGUCCGCUGACGCGAAGGACUUCCAGAUGCGAGAAAAGUUGUCGUAAAUGCUGUCGUCCAUGAGCGCGAGAGCCUGCUCUAUGACAUGCCUGAUGGCCUUGCGCGGAAAUCGCAGCCACUGGCGCGGUAAGUUUCUGUGGUACACGUUCAGCAACUCCACAACGUCAACCGGCCCCGCGGAGCGGCCGUGGGGUUUUGAUGACGGCGCGGACGAAUUGUGCUUGCAAACUUGAUCCCUAGCUGCGAGCAGUAGGCUGGUAUAAGUGUGUUCGAACACUACGCCUCCGGAGGACAGCAUUGUCCAGAACAGGCGCAGCGUUUCGCGCUUGAUGACCGUCGAAGGGUGCAGCAGCAAAGACCUGAUCCAUUCUUCGAGCACGGGCCACUCGUCACAGGCGACCAAGUUCUCGUAGUUGGAAACGUUGUUCAGAAUAUCAAUGGCGUGAAGCUUAGAAGACGGCGACGGCGACCGUAUGAGGUUGCACACUUCCCGGAUGUGAUCGGUAGACAAGGCGACGUUACCUCCCAUCAACGAACUUUCGCUCAGCAUGCUCGCGAUCGACGCUGUGCUGUCCUGACGAACCAGGUCUUUUUUCGGUGUGCCCACCGUCUCGCGGCGGCUCUGCGCAAUAAAGUCCUUUUCCUCGCCUU